AUGUCAAAUUUCAUGCGCGCCCUGGAGGGCAUACUGGUCCCUGAUCAGAGGGUGUGGCAUAAGCUGGUUUUGCUCGGUGACGGAGGUGUGGGUAAAACAGCUCUUGUUCAUCAGAUCUGUUUAGAGCGUUUCCCGGAGACAUACGACCCAACCAUUGAAGACUCGUACGUGAAACAAGUUACGGUGGAUGGAACCGAUUGCAUGCUAGAUAUUCUCGACACUGCUGGACAAGAAGAGUACACGGCGCUUCGGGACCUAUGGAUCCGCGAUGGCGAGGCCAUCGUUCUCGUCUACUCCAUCAGCUCUCGAUCAUCGUUCAAACGAAUCGAACGUUUUCAUAACCAGAUUCAGCAUGUCCGAGGCGAGCCAACCCCAAUAUGUCUCGUUGGGAACAAAUCCGACCGCGUGACUGAGCGAGAAGUAUCAACCACUGAAGGGUUUGAGCUCGCACUGAGCCUCGACAUUGAAUUCUUCGUUGAAUGCUCUGCUAGGAAUGCCGUUAAUAUUGAGAAGACGUUUUGUGACCUUGUACGGUCUCUCAGAGCUCAACAUGCCGGAACUGCAUUAUACAGAAGAAAGCAGACACUCCUUGGGUCGCAGCUUAUCAUUCCGGAAAAGGAGAGUGAGACAUCUCAAGGAUGCAAUAGAUUGGCGAGAGCCUUAGUUCAUGCUGCAAGAACAAAUAAUUUAAAGGAUGUAUUUGAACUACUUGACGCAGGGGCCGUCGUCAACGCACUGCCAAGUAGCUCAGGUAGCGCACUUCAUGAGGCCGCAGGACUAGGCUACUUGACCAUGGUCGAUGUUCUUCUUAGUAAAGGUGCUGGUAUCAAUGCAAGAUCGCCAUCUGGUGUCUCUCCGCUACAAGAUGCGGCAGCAGGUGGUCAUCUUGAAGUGGUGAAGCUGCUGAUCCAGAAAGGUGCAAAUCGCGACCAAAAGAGCGAAGUUAGGGGAACGGCUCUUCACGCAGCCGCUUCAAGAGGCCAUACAAAAGUGGUCAAGUAUAUCCUCAAACGAGGCGCGAGUCCAAAUCAGAAAGCUGGACCAUACGAGUAUGCACUUCACGCAGGUUCAUGGAUCGGGUCACUAGGUGUUGUCAAUGCCCUGCUGGAUGAAGGCGCCGACAUCGGCAAACUUACUGAAGAAGGAUGCACUGCAUUACACAUGGCAGCAUUUACUGGUAAUGUGGAAGUCCUCGAGUGCCUUAUCAAUCGUGGAGGUAGGCGAUACAUCAAUGUUGUUUCAACAAAGUUUGGAACUGCCCUGGAUGCAGCAGACGAUAGUGGCCACUUUACAGCUGUACAACUUCUGCGAGAAGAGAAAGCCGAAAAGUCUGGCCUUGUCCUACCAGAAAGCAAUAACAAACCAAAACUACCCGCACCUCAAGAAUCGGAAGCACGAGAUAGCUCGCCAGGUUCAGCGGGUAGAAAGGAAGUGGAUGACGAGGCUGAAGAAGACGAUGAUGGUGAGCAUCGUCAGAUCUCAGAACAGAUAGGAAAUUCUGCCCUACGAAACGACAUUCCUAGCGAAGUGGACGUGACCUCGAACUUCGACUUUGGCUUUUCCAGUAGUCCAAAAACCCCUAUACUUCCGAAGCCACCAAUCCAGGACAUGGGAUUUACGACUCUUCACAACCCUCCGGAAGCAAAGGCUGACAUCGUCUUCAUACACGGUCUACAAGGUCACCCCGAAAAGACAUGGACGUUUAAGAACGAAGCAGAGAGAGUACCACUAACAUGGCGGGAAAGACUUCUACUCCAAAGACGCAGAAAGAGAGCGAUAGGUCCUACAGUUUACUGGCCUUAUGAUUUACUAUGCGCACAUGACGAGUUUGCUUUGUCAAGGGUCAUGACCUGGGGAUAUGAUUCGAAAGUACUCCCAGAGUUCUUUGCAGGCAGCGACUCGCAAACCAUUUCACAGCAUGGGGAAGGGUUAUUGGUUAGACUCCAACAAGAAAGGAGGGAUGAUCCAACCCGACCUUUGAUAUUUGUAGCUCACAGUUUAGGUGGUAUCAUAGUGAAAGCGGCACUGGCGAUCUCUAAGAAUUCACAACACCAACCUCAAUAUCUGCCGAUUUACUCGUCCGUCUCGGGAAUAAUAUUCCUAGGGACACCGCACAGGGGAAGUAGCACGGCCGGCUGGGGCCUAAUUGCUAGUAAUCUUACAAGAUUCGCUCUCCAACGGCCUUCGAGGAGUCUUCUACGAGGACUGAAACCCAACAGCGAAGUGCUGGAGAAUCUACAACGAACAUUUCUGCAAAUGCUUGAAGAUGGUCACUUCACUAUCCAUUCAUUCUGGGAAACCAAACCCAUGAAUGGCUUGAAGGGUCUCAAGGGGCUUGUUGUCCCUUAUGACUCCGCCAUAGUCGGCCAUGCGAAAAAGGAGAUACGUCUGGGGAUAACUGCGACUCAUGCUAGUAUAUGUAAAUUCUCAGGUCCGGGUGACGCUGGAUACCAGGCCGUCUUUGGGGCGCUACAGGACUAUGUAAGAGCUUCAGCAUGUACUGCUGCGAAUAGCUCUGUUGAGGCAUGA